AUCAAGAUAACAUCUUUUUCUUUUUCGAGUAAAUUAUUUGUGUUCACUAAUUCCAAAUGUUAAAACACCCCCAAAUGCUAUCAUCCAACAAUCCAAGCCACAAUGGAUAUUGAUUCCGCCCUCCCUUACCUAACCAGUAACAUUGCCGGAGUCUUUGCUGUACUCCUACUCUCCUGUUUCUUGAUCAGGUGGUCUGGAAAAUCUUUGAAGGGCCAAAAACCACCGGAAGCUGCCGGUAGGUGGCCUUUAAUUGGUCAUCUCCAUGUAUUAGCAGGAUCCCAGCUUCCAUAUUUAGCUCUGGGAGACUUAGCUAACAAGUAUGGACCGAUAUUCACCAUCCGAAUUGGCUUGCACCCGGCUGUGGUGGUUAGUAGUUCGGAGUUGGCCAAAGAAAUAUUUACCACCUAUGAUGUUGCUGUGUCCUCACGCCCCAAACUUACAGUAGGCAAUUACCUCGGCUAUAACUAUGCCAACUUUGGUUUCUGCCCUUAUGGUGCAUACUGGCGCGAAAUGCGCAAAAUAACAGCCUCGGAGCUUUUAUCAAACCGGAGGCUUGAGCUAUUGAAACAUAUUAAAGCCUCUGAAGUGGAAAGCUCAGUAAAAGAGCUGUACAAGCUUUGGACCAAGAUAAAAGAUGAGUCAAGCCAUGUUUUGGUUGAGAUGAAGCAAUGGUUGGGGGAGUUAAACCAGAACGUCAUUCUUAGGAUGAUUGCAGGGAAGAGAUUUUCUGGUGCUGGUGUGGCCAGCGAUGAGAUAGAGGCAAGGCGGUGCAGGGAGGCAAUGAGGGAAUUCUUUCGUUUGGCAGGAUUGUUUGUGGUAAGGGAUGCAGUUCCUUUUCUUGGGUGGCUGGAUUUGGGUGGACAUGAAAAGGCCAUGAAGAAAAAUGCAAAAUUGGAUAGUAUCAUGGAAGAAUGGUUAGAGGAGCAUCUCAGGAAGAAAGACUCUGUUGGCGUAGCUAAGGAAGAGCAGGACUUUAUUGACGUGCUGCUCUCCGUCCUUGAGGGGGUUGACCUUGAAGCAUAUGAUGUUAAUACUGUUACCAAAGCAACAGCCAUGACUCUGCUUGUAGGAGGCACUGAUACUACAACAGUCACUAUAACUUGGGCACUUGCACUAUUGCUCAACCACCGCCAUGCUUUAGAAAAGGCUCAGGAAGAAUUGGACAUCCAGAUUGGCGGGGAGAGGCUAGUAAAUGAAUCAGACAUUGAUAAGCUAGUCUACCUCCAAGCCAUUGUAAAGGAAUCACUACGUUUGUAUCCUGCUGGACCACUCUCGGGUGCACGCGAAUUCACUGAAGACUGCACAAUAGGUGGUUACCAUGUGCCCAAAGGCACGCGGCUGAUAGUAAACCUUUGGAAAAUCCAAACAGAUCCGCAAUUUUGGUUCGAUCCAUUAGAGUUCAAGCCUGAGAGAUUUAUCACCAGCCACUUGGACGUUGAUGUUAAGGGUCAGCAUUUUGAGCUCAUACCAUUUGGUGCUGGUAGAAGACAGUGCCCGGGGAUAAAUUUUGGCCUGCAAAUGACACAGCUGGUGCUGGCGCGCUUGCUCCAUGCUUUCGACUUCUUGACUCCAUCAAAUGAGCCUGUGGACAUGACUGGCAGCCCAGGACUAACACACAUCAAAGCCACCCCACUUGAAGUUCUUGUCAAACCACGCUUGUCUCCUAAUCUCUAUCAGUAAUCAUCUUGAUGUGUAAUCCACAGCUAUAGCUUUCAUUACUUUAACUAAAGUUGAGACAGAAUAGAUUUUCCUUAAGAUAAGAUAAGGUAAUCAUGAAUUGGCAAUGGAAAGAGCAACCACUCCGUGCGGAUCCUUGACUGCAUAUCAAUUGAAGGCUUUCUUUCCAUAGAAUAAGCUGCCACCAGUUGGUGCCUCUGUUCCUUGUAAUAUGUAUGCUUUGUUACUGUACUACUAGU